AUGACUACUCCUUUCCUUGAUUCCGAAGGGAAUUCUAUUCCCCAAGAGCAUGUCCUAGGAAGCGGAAGCUCUGCAUUAGUGUUACUCCAGGAUGAUGUUGCUGUCAAGAUACCUUUGAAAUGCCUUUGGAGCGAUACGUAUGAAGUCCAAACGAAUACUCAGAAACUCAGGCACGAACAAGAAGCCUAUCGCCGCUUACAAGGAUUGCCUCAUGACCAACGUUCCAGUGGAGUUGUUCGCUGUAUUGGGAUGUUAAGCGAGUCUACACAACUUGCUUAUAUGUCCAAUGGUGAUCUUAAGUCCUUUCUUACCAAAUCACGACCAUCUCCACAACUUCAGCUUUCAUGGUGCUACGAAAUAACUCGAACACUCACGUUCAUCCAUGAAAGGUGCAUACUUGUCACUGAUAUUGCGAGUCGGAACUUCCUUCUUGAUUCAGACCUAUCGAUCAAGUUUUGCGAUUUCUCAGAAGCAUCUAUCCUUCCCUUAGGGUCUGAUAUGAAGACGGUAGAUGAUCGUGGCUUCAAUACCCGGAUUGAUAUCGGUUUACUUGGAACGGUUGUAUAUGAAAUUAUAACAGGUGAAGCGCUUCAAGUCGAGCUCUUUGAAGAUUACUCUCUUACUGAUGGUCGACCUUACUGGCCAAAGAGGGAAUUAUUACCUGAAACAACUGGUAUAUGGCUCGGAGAAAUUAUUGAAGGUUGUUGGAAUGGAAGAUUCCAGACUGCUCAGUGCGUGUUGGAAGCUUUGGAUAUCAUACGCAGCCCUCGUAUCAGUCAAUCAAAUGUCUAUCAGCUCGGACAGGCUACCAGGGAUUGGACCAAUAAUUCCAUCAAACGUCAUCCCUUCAUGACUGUUAUUGGUGUUGUUGGUUUGCUGCUUGUCCUUGGAAGGAAGGUAGCGUCACAAUUCCAAACGGCUUAG